AUGGUACACUGGUCACUGUUGGACCGCAGGUGCCUCAGCGGGUGCAGAUCACAACAUGGUUGCCCAUGUUUUAUUUCAUAUACAUUACAGAGAUACUGGACCCAUUGGGCACUAGUGGAAUCAUUCAGUGGAAGCGGUAGGGGGGGCGAGUCAGGGAGAGCGGUGGUGGGGGCGAGUCAGGGAGAGCGGUGGUGUGGGCGAGUCAGGGAGAGCGGUGGUGGGGGCGAGUCAGGGAGAGCGGUAGGGGGCGAGUCAGGGAGAGCGGUGGUGGGAGUCAGGGAGAGCGGUGGUGGGGGCGAGUCAGGGAGAGCGGUGGUGGGGGCGAGUCAGGAGAGCGGUGGUGGGGGCGAGUCAGGGAGAGCGGUGGUGGGGGCGAGUCAGGAGAGCGGUGGUGGGGGCGAGUCAGGGAGAGCGGUGGUGGGGGCGAGUCAGGGAGAGCGGUGGUGGGGGCGAGUCAGGGAGAGCGGUGGUGGGGGCGAGUCAGGGAGAGCGGUGGUGGGGGCGAGUCAGGGAGAGCGGUGGUGGGGGCGAGUCAGGGGAGCGGUGGUGGGGGCGAGUCAGGGAGAGCGGUGGUGGGGGCGAGUCAGGGAGAGCGGUGGUGGGGGCGAGUCAGGGAGAGCGGUAGGGGGCGAGUCAGGGAGAGCGGUGGUGGGGGCGAGUCAGGGAGAGCGGUGGUGGGGGCGAGUCAGGGAGAGCGGUGGUGGGGGCGAGUCAGGGAGAGCGGUGGUGGGGGCGAGUCAGGGAGAGCGGUGGUGGGGGCGAGUCAGGGAGAGCGGUAGGGGGCGAGUCAGGGAGAGCGGUGGUGGGGGCAGUCAGGAGAGCGGUGGUGGGGGCGAGUCAGGGAGAGCGGUGGUGGGGGGGGCGGUAGUCAGGGAGAGCGGUGGUGGGGGCGAGUCAGGGAGAGCGGUGGGGGGCGAGUCAGGGAGAGCGGUGGUGGGGGCGAGUCAGGGAGAGCGGUGGUGGGGGCGAGUCAGGGAGAGCGGUGGUGGGGGCGAGUCAGGGAGAGCGGUGGUGGGGGGCGAGUCAGGGAGAGCGGUAGGGGGCGAGUCAGGGAGAGCGGUGGUGGGGGCGAGUCAGGGAGAGCGGUGGUGGGGGCGAGUCAGGGAGAGCGGUGGUGGGGGCGAGUCAGGGAGAGCGGUGGUGGGGGCGAGUCAGGGAGAGCGGUGGUGGGGGCGAGUCAGGGAGAGCGGUGGUGGGGGCGAGUCAGGGAGAGCGGUGGUGGGGGCGAGUCAGGGAGAGCGGUAG